AAGAGACAGCGCGAGACUCGGCGUCCGACUCAAGGCGUCUCCAAAGAGGACAUCGAGUUGGCGCUCAAGACCACGCCCUCAGUGCUCGCCGACGACGACUGCACGACAACCGCGACGACGGACGACAACAUUGAGACGACAACUCCGCCACCAAUGCCUUCAUCGCCGCCGCCCAGCGCGCCCUCACCGCCCUCCGAGAGCGCCGCCACCCCAGAAGUGCCGAACGGCGGACAGCCGACAGCCCCUCACGCGGCGCGACGCCGUCCGAAGCGGCGGUCGACGGGAAUCGAGGAGAACCUGGAGCUGAACGACUUGCGAGGCGAGCCUUUGGCGCCAUCUCUCGGCGUCGACAACGACUGUACCGACAGUUCUUCGAGCGCGCGGCCCGCCAUUGGGCUCCAGUCGUCGUCUCUCUCGCGCUCCUUAACGCAGUUGCCGUUCGGCUCGUCGUCCGCCUCGCAGUUGCCGUUCAUCACGACUGCGCCGUCGUAUCAGACGUCGGCGGCGACACACAGACGACAACCGCAUCUCAAUCGACGCACAACACAGCCGUCGACGGCGACGCAGAGCCGACUGCGGGCGUCGUCCUCGCAGUCGAACCUGUCGUCGCUGUCGUCGUCCUCUCCUCUGAACUCUAGUUUUGUUUUUACGACGACACCGACGACCACACCGACGACGCGGUCGCGUUCGUCGUCGCGAAGCUCUCUCCAGACGACGACCGACGACAGCGAGUGCGAGACGACGACGCGGACAACUGCAGCGACGCCUGUCGACGACAAGGACUACAAGAAGCUGUACAAAGAGCUGCUGAAAGAGAACGAGUUUCUGCUGAAGAAGAUGAAGGACUUCGAGGGUUCGCGUCUUAAGGAGAGGGAAGCGCAGGACUUUCAGCGCGAGAAGCGACAGCUGUUGCGGAGAAUCGGAGAAUUAGAAGAAGAGUUGCGAACCAAAGAAGAGUUGCUGAAAGAGAACGCGCGCCUCAAAGACGAGAACUCGGCUCUGAUUCGCGUCAUCUCUAAGCUGUCGAAGUGAAGACCACUUCCGGCGGAAGUCGUCGUCUAGUCGUCUGUUAUUUAUUAUUAUUUAUUAUUCGAAAUGUGUUUCAAAUAAGUUUCGAUCUGUUGUUGAAAUCUCAUUAAAUGAUUGGUCACUCA